AUGCUCUGUCCAUCGAAGCAACUGCACUCGAACCGACGGCCUGCGUGGACGACGACGAUCGCGGGGCUCGUUUGCUCGCGCCUGCGCCUCUCGCCGCAUUUUGCGUCGAUUGCGUUGCCUGCGGCGGCGGCGGCAGCCCCCCCUCCUCCUGGCUCCGUCUCUCGGGGGUUGAUUGCGUUGCCUGCGGCGGCUCCUCCUCCUCCUGGCUCCGUUUCUCGGGGGCCGAUUGCGUUGCCUGCGCCGACGGCAGCUCCGCCUCCUCCUCCUCCUCUUGCCCGUGGCCGGCCCAGGAGUGGAGGCCGGAAGUUCAUGCAAAGGCGGAAGCGCCUCCAAGUCGAGUCAGGUGCUGCCUUUGCCGGGCAUCCCGCGCUCCCUCUGUCGCUGUUAUUGUUAUUAUUGUUAUUGUUGUUGUUGUUGUCGUCCCGCUGGCGGUGUUGGUGUCGCUUCCGGAGUGGGAAGCGCAGCCUGCUAAGGGAGGCGGAAGGCAGGGGCUGCCUGGCUGGGAGACAGGGAAGGAGAGAGCGGCAAGGGCAGGUAAGAUGCUCGCCGCCCCCACCCUCAUUAAAUAGCAUUAAUGAGUAUUAAUAGCAUUAAUAUCCUUCCUCUUCCCGGCAGCGGGGUCUGGAGGGCGUUUCGUUUCUGAGCCAAGGCGAGGCUGCCGGUUUGCCCUCCUGCCUGCGUGGAGUCAAGCAAAGAAACCCCACUUGUCCACCGUUUUCUAAAGUGGGGUUUGUUUGCUUUUAAAGUAUGCAGGUGCCUUAUUUUGUAUGUGUGAAUACAACAUUUUUUGGGGGGGGAACAUUUUGAUUCUCACAAUGUAGCUUUUUUUUGGGGGGGGGGAAGGUUUGAUAGAACACCAAACUAAGGCUAAGAAAGGAAACGAAUGAACCCAACGGCUUGUUUUUACUUGUUUUAUGCAGCCUACAUACGCAACUCGGGUGUGUAGGACGUGGUGUUCGAAUCCUGGCACGUCUGCCUGGGUCCUCCGGAGGGGAAAGUUGCAGUGUGUGUGGUAGUGAUGUACCUUGCUGCCUUGUGAAAAUGAAGAAGGCAGGGGGCUGCCCGACACUCCUGUGUUAAGGUGAACAGGUGCAAAGGAAGAGAGGGCUGUGAUAACCUUUGAGUAUUGAGUAGUACCGGGAAUGUUUGGUUAUCAUGUGGGAUCCUUCACCCUUGUAAUGAGCUGCACCUGGCAUUCCCCCUAUUAAAGGUGCAGGAACACACUUUUGUCACGCUUUUUAUACAGAAAGUGCUGUGUAAAUGACUAUCUUGUACCUCUGGUAGUAUAUAAUUUAUGGGUGGGGAACUGAUGCUGAGAGAUGACUUGUACAAGAUCACAUUGUAGGAUGAUUGGGAGAGGAUCUGAGUCCGGAUCCAACACUCGUUAACUUGACCGCAAUGACUACAGCACAUUUUGUAGUGGGGGCACUCUGUUAUAAAACUUGGGGUGGCCAGUGUGAGAACUCCACCCUUUAAAGCUGAAAGUAGGGCAGCAAUUUCAGGAAAACUCUUGCUUUGGUUAAAAAAGAAAGAAAAAGAGGUGUUGCUACUCAUAUAUUGAUAUAGGUGCCAUGGGUGCCAGCAGAAAGUGGCUGGGCAGUAAGAAAGAGAGGUGUUGGUACUUUGUACUAUUGAGUAUUGUCACAAAAAGAGCCCCAAGGUCGAAUAAUUGUUGGAACCUGUCUUCAAGAGAGUAGCUGGUCUUAAGAUGCAAGCCUGGAAUAGUUUGUGUAGAGAAAUGUAAAAUAUGCAUGCAGUUUUUUCUCCUUUGAAGAAAUAUAUCCAAGUGACCCACUAGUAGGGCAAACUGUAGCAGGAAAGGAGGAAGUGGCUGUUGCUUGAAUCAAAACCUGCUACAAUCUUUGCUUUGUUGAGCUUGUAAAAAAAAUAUUCUCAUGACUAUAUUAGACAGCAUCAAUUGCUUGGACUAACAAUGAAUGGAAUCUUUAUUUUUAAGGUUGCUGAGAGUGUGAUGAAAUAUUAUCACCCUGUUGUGUUUGUGUGUGAGAGAGAGGUGGAGAGAACAUUACUUUGGUAUAUGUGUUGGAAAUCCCCUUCCAUUUGGAUCAACAGGAUUUAUCCAGUGAAUGUCCUUAAAUUUGCUAGGAAUUGUUCUGUGUUACAUCUUUAUUUUUUGGUGAGUGUUUACCUCUGUGUUAAAGCCUAACAUGCCAGCAAUGAUUAGCAACAUGCGGGAAUUUAUUGGGAGGUACAGUAUAGUGUACCCUUCGGUUUCUAGAGACAGAUGUCAGCUGUCUCAAGUUAAGUAUGUUGAAUAGCUCUAAGCAUCUAAUAAUCUAAGCGUCUAAUAGAUAUUAAUUAAUAUCUUGAAGUGGUCUUGAAUUAAACUGAGAAUUAAAUUAAAAUCCAGACAAAAAUGGAAUCCCCUUCUCCCCUGGCUUGAGCAGCGCAUAUACUUUUUCAUUCCUGGUAAAGCAGUUACUGCAGUUUAAUUGAAUGCAUUUUUGAACUAUUGACCAGAGCAACCAUAAAUCUCAUUAAUCCUUUCAGCUUUGAUAAGCUAUUGUUGAGAGUAAUGAGAGAUUUAACAGGGGUCCCUCUGCAAUUUACUUAAUUGUCAUAUAACUUCUUUAUGAUGACCUGCAUUUGCUAAAACUGUCACAUCUGCAUAACAAGUAACUUCAUGUGGCAAGCAAGAGGGUUGGCAGAGGAGGGUAGUUCUUAAAUGUAGGACUAAAUUAGUGUGUAUAAAAAUAUGGGCUAGUGUUUAAUACUUUGGCUUUUGAUGCUUGGGAUGUAUAUUUUUAAGACCCAUUUUAUUUCUGUGAUUGUAAGUUGUUUUAAGCAGUUAUUAAUAUUGCAUUUUAAUUAUUGUGUAACCUUCCCUGGUACCUUAAGGGGGAAGGGCAAGUAAUUAAUAAUAAUUAAUAAUUGCAAAGCUUUGUUGAGCUGACUUUUAAGAAGUGGCAUUCAAAUGAUUAUUCCUAGUGAGCGGGGUGAGACUGAUGUAACUUCACACUAUAAGAAAAAUGGAGUUUCUGGCUCCUCCAAGAUCUCACUUAUCCUGAAAUCAUUACAUUGUGUAGUUUACCUCCCAUUCCCAUAUCAGCAGGCAGUGAUGUGGAGCAGGGCUGAGAGAUGUUCAGCAUAAUGCCGGCCCACGAGUUAAGCUCUUCUAUUCAUAACCUGUUGUAAAACUUAUCACAAAGUUAUGGUUUGGGGCUGCAGCUGUGUGCAUCUUAAGUGGGCAAAACUGACCCCAGUUUUGCAUGGAUAUCUUUGUUCUGUUUCUUUUCCUUAGAGUCUCUUGGGCAGGACAGAAUAUUCCCAUGCUACACUUAGCUAUUGGACAUGGGUGGUGCUGUGGUCUAAACCACUGAGCCUAGGGCUUGCCGAUCAGAAGGUCGGUGGUUCGAAUCCCCGCGACGGGGUGAGCUCCCAUUGCUCGGUCCCUGCUCCUGCCAACCUAGCAGUUCGAAAGCACAUUAAAGUACAAGUAGAUAAAUAGGUACCGCUCCGGCGGGAAGGUAAACGGCAUUUCUGUGCGCUGCUCUGGUUCACUAGAAAUGGCUUUGUCAUGCUGGCCACAUGUCCUGGAAGCUGUCUGUGGACAAAUGCUGGCUCCCUCGGCCAAUAAAGCGAGAUGAGCGCCGCAAUCCCAGAGUCAUCCGCGACUGGAAUUAACGGUCAGGGGUCCCUUUACCUUUACCUUUUUACACUUAGCUAUGUUUUCCUGACCUAUGCUAGCUGGCACAUGAAUUUCCGACCUUGCACUAGCAGUCCUACGCUGCCUCACUUGAUGAAAUUGUUCUGGGCCUGCUCUAGAAUUAUGGUGAAAGGAAGCUAUACUGGUGUUUCGGGAAGAGCUCACACAGCACAAAACAGUUCUAGAGUUUGCACGAGUUUGGUAGGACUCUGGUUCAUCUGCAGUUUACUAAUGCAGAAGUCACUUCUGACUAAGUGAUCCAGUUUGCCCUGUCAUCCUCUAUCGGGGAAAACAACCGGCUUAAAACAGUAACUAUGGAAAUUGUGAUGUAAAUUGUGUUGGUGGUUGCUCCAUAUUUAGGUGUUUUGUUUUGUUUUCCGGAUGGCUGUCUUGUCAGCUAAGCCUGAUGGUGAGUUAAGCCAUAGCUGUUCACAAUAUGAAUCUGCAAUUGUAAAGGAAUAUUCACUUGAAUAGGAAAACAAAUGAGGAAUUUGUUGCAGCUGCCCCACCUGUCUUCCCCCAACCUGCAUUUGUGUGCUCUUCUAUGCACUCACAUCUUCUUCCGACCUCCUUGUGCCUGACCCUGCUUCUCCCUGCUUCUCUUUUCCUUCCCCCUUCCCCCUUCCCUUUCCUGUGAGUGUCAGCAGCUGACAGAAUGCUGCAAGGGGUGCUAUCCUGUGAGCUGUUACACAGCCUGACAGCUUGGUGGUGAGGGCACUUGAAGGGAUGAGGAACUGAUCCUGCUCAACUUCCCCAAUUCCUGAAGAUAGAGGAAGGCAGGGGGAGGAAACUGGGAUCAGAGUUCCCUGCUCUGGCAGGCUGAGUGAGGACUUGUGCCUCUCUUCCAUCCUCUGUUCCUGAGCACACACAAAGCAGCACAACUUCACAGACAACUCGUGUGCUGGGUUUUUCUUGGGGGUGGGGCAGGCGUUAGAGGAGCCGACCCUUUAUCUUUGUCUAAAGAGAGCUUGAAACGUUACCAACUUGUAGCUUGCAGAACUUCCCUUUUAUGUGUGCAUCUGAACUUUAGAGAGAUUUAUAUAGGCUAUCUUAAUAGGAUUAUUUAGAUUUAUUUGAGGUACAUACAUGCUGCCUUUCAGGGGAAGCCCUCAUAGCCCACCUCCCAAAUAGCUUAUUCAAAAGUUCCAGGAGGAACGCCCACAUCUCUCUUGGUGCUUCUGGCCACUGCAAAGUAUGUGGGUACUUUCAGUUCUUUCAGGAGGCUUUGAAGACCUGCCUGUUUCAGAUGGGCCUAUGCAUACGAGCGGCAUUCUUGGCUGAGUUGCAUGCUUGGUUUUUAGCUGUUUAUUAUACUGGAUAAUUAAUUAAUUAAUUAAUUAAUUGUGGAGGGAUUGCAGUAGUGUUUGUCUUCUGUAUUAUUGAUAAUUGUAUUAGCACUUUUAAAAUGCCAUGUUGAAAGAGUACCCAGAAAGGUAGCUCAUAACUAUUUCACCAUAAGCAACUAAACUUCUAUAAUAAAUAAUUCCACCAUUUGAGGCAUAGUUAAGGAAAAGAACUCACACCAUGUCCAAAAUGGAGGGGGGGGGAGACCUUUUUUUGGAGCAAAAGAUGUAUGUAUGUGCAUGUGGGGAGCUGAACCCUUCCCAAGUUAUGCCUUAACUCCUCGCAGUUUCCCCCAGGUGCUUUUUCCUUCAGCUGAGUUUUUGUACCCAAAGGAACUCACAUGUGUGAAAAACACUGAAAGAGAGGACCUGGGGGGUGUUUUCUUCUGCAUGCCUCCUUUGCUCUGAAACAGCGGUGAGCAGCCUGCAGAACUGAUGGUGCCCGCCAAGGCUCCCCAUUUGGUCUGUGGCACCACCAACCUGUCAAUCCCCUGACACCAUACAAUGUUGGGCUUGGACCAGCUAAACCAAACAGGAAGACUUGGGAGCACACUCUGAUAUAUGCUAUGUAUUCUUCCCUUCUAGCCCCCGGUAGAAUUCAGGGCUUUUGGAAUUUGGUGCCCUUUUCUGUCUUCUGGGAAGAAUCUUCCUUUGCCACUGCGGCUUGAAGUCACGAUGGAGCUGUGAAGGAGGAAGGGAAAGAACUGAGAGUGCACUUGCAAUGCACUCCUGAGUCUUCAUUUGCAAGCCUCAGGUUUAAAGGUGAGUUGCAUGGCAUCACAUGAUGUCAAGUGAUAGACAGGUGUGUGCCCCACCUUUCUGACAGUGGUGCACAGAGUGAAGGGGAGUUCUGGAUCUGGCUGGCCGUUCCUGUAACAGGAGACUAUAGCCUAAGGUAACUCAGAUUAAAAGGUAUUUAAAUAUACCUUCUUGAAGAAACCAGAGGCCUUUCUUCUGGGCAUUGUCGGCCAAUUGGUGCCAAAGAAGGAUAGAACUUUUUUUAUGUAUGCUACAACAGCAGCAAGAAUACUCAUUGCAAAGUAUUCAAGAUCUACCCACUUUGGAAGAAUGGCAGAUGAAGGUGAUGGACUAUAUGGAAUUGGCAGAAAUGACUGGCAGAAUCCGAGACCAGGGAGAAGAGUCGGUGGAAGAAGAUUGGAAGAAAUUCAAAGACUAUUUACAGAAAUAUUGUAAAAUUAAUGAAUGAUAGAAUGAUGUUGGAUAGUAGUUAAGCGGUUUCCAGCUGUAAUGCUCUAAGAGAAUAUGAAAAAAGGGUUAUAAAUGGGUUAAAAUCUAAUGGUAAGGAUUUGCUGAACCAAUAAAUUGAAGUGGAAUACAAAAAAGGAGGUACGAGGAGGUCCGGGAAACAAGCUAAAGGAAAAUAAGUAAUAGAAAAUAUGUGUGUUUUUAACUGUUUUUAUUUUGUAUUUUUCUUUUUUCUUUUUCAUUUUCACUGUAAUAUUUCAAAAAACCUUAAUAAAUAUCUUAUGGGGAAAAAAAACAGAUUGAUAGAUCAAUCCUUGCUAACUUAAGCUACAGUUCUCUUUUGUCAGCAACUGGGCACUAUGGUCUGAAUUAAUCAGGAUCAGGCCUACUGCCCCUGUGUCUAAUUUGCGCCCAACUUGAAACGCAAACUGGUUUCUCUGGACAGUUUUACUAUGUUGUUCAAAUAAUGGACAAACUUCACUUCCUUAUUGCUAUGAGACAGAGAGUCUUACUUUUCUUCUGAAUCAUCUGGUUUUAGUACUUCCUCUAAAGUCAUGAAUGUGCUUUUUCAAAAGUGAAUAAUUGUUUAGCUACUCUGUUCCAGUUUCGUCCCUAUUUCUGAAUUCACUUCUGACUGCAUCAUAUUUGGUACCUCUUUUAAGCUGACUACCUGUUCUUCCUCCUAAACUGGAUCUUCUUUGGAAUUUAUAUCCCACCCUUCAGUGUUACCACACCAGGGGACACUUUAAAUAAUAUAAAAGUCAUCAGAAUAAACUGUGAAAAGCAGAAUUCUUAAGCAGCAGGACGGUAACAUGCAGUGGCUUAUGUUUCAUUGGGGCAUUACAUGUGCAUCUUCAAUUUUCUUAGGAUCCAUGAAAUGGCCACAGAUGACAAAGCAUCUCCGACGUUGGACACUCUGA